CCAGACCCAGACCCAGCUACAUCUAUGCUAUGCCAUGAUAUGAUCCCGGUCGACGCGAGCCGCGAGGAUUUUAUCACUUCUGAUUUUUGAUGCGGAUCUUCAACCAUUCAAUUCUACGAUAAAGAUUGAAGCUUUACAGAAUUCUUAUUUCCUGAGGAAUCAAAGUUUCUAGGAUGGCCGACGAAGAAUAUCAGAUUGAUGAGGGCGAGGGCGAUGAUUUCGAAGAAGCCGAAGAAGGAGAUUUUGACGAUAUAGAUCAGCCGGAGACGGCUGGAGAAAAUAUUGAUAUUUUACCCCCUGAUGAGAACGCGCCAUCAGGAAGUGUGCCUAAAGCAAACAGAAUUACGACGAAGUACAUGACAAAGUACGAAAGAGCACGAGUAUUAGGCACAAGAGCUUUGCAAAUUGCCAUGUGUGCUCCAAUCAUGGUAGAAUUGGAAGGAGAAACGGAUCCUCUGCAAAUAGCCAUGAAAGAACUGAAAGCUAGGAAAAUCCCCCUUAUUAUUCGACGAUAUCUACCCGACGGAAGUUACGAGGAUUGGAGUAUCGAUGAACUGACUAUUACUGAUCGAUGAUUCCUCCAAGUGAUUGUUUUCGUUUUUUUAAAUUGUUGGUCGCGAUGAGAAAAUAUGUAUGAAUCUGGUGUUCUCUGAAAUGUCACUCUGGGUACCUAUCAAUUUUUAAUACCUGCGGACGUUUUCCUGGUGAUGAAAUCUUGUUUUUGACAAUACUGUUUUAAGGUAAUGUUUCGUUAAUAAUACUAAUAUAACGUUGAAAAAAUU